CCCCAAAGCUUGUUUGCUCUUUUUCCACACUCAACCGCUUUCAACUUUGCACUGUUUUGAUCUUUGAUAGGAGUCCAGUCCUCCAAAGAUGCUCGCCAGAUCAUUCCAACGUGCGCGCGUACGGAACGCUUCGGCGUGUCUGCUGCAGCUCGCAAAGUCGAAGGUAGCAGUUGUUCAGACCACGGCGCCCAUGGUGAGGAGUGUGGGAAGACGCGAGUUCACUGUGACGUGCGCAACGAAAGCACAGCCGGUGCUUAACGAGCCAUUGGAGAAAACAGACCCUGAAGUCUUUAGCAUUCUGAAGAAGGAGAUGAAACGGCAGACGGAGAGUAUCGUGCUCAUUCCAUCGGAGAACUUCACAUCCCGCUCGGUGAUGCAGGCGGUCGGUUCCGUGAUGCAAAACAAAUACUCAGAAGGAUACCCAGGGGCUCGCUACUACGGAGGCAACGAGUUCAUUGACAUGGCCGAAACGCUCUGUCAAAAACGAGCGCUCGAGGUGUUCGGCCUCGACCCGGAAAAGUGGGGUGUCAAUGUGCAAGCGUUGUCUGGGGCACCCGCCAACCUUUACGUCUACUCGGCGUUGAUGAAACCUCACGAACGGUUGAUGGGGUUGGACCUACCUCACGGUGGACAUUUGUCGCAUGGUUACCAAACUGACACGAAGAAAAUUUCCGCUGUUUCGACGUAUUUCGAGACGAUGCCGUACCGUGUUGACGAGAACACGGGACUGGUCGAUUACGAUAUGCUGCAGAAGACGGCAACGCUGUACAGGCCGAAGAUCCUGGUGGCUGGUGCCAGUGCGUACGCCAGGAACUGGGACUACGAGCGGAUGCGCAAGAUUGCGGACAGUGUCAAUGCGUACCUGCUGGCGGAUAUGGCACACGUGUCGGGUCUUGUCGCCGCUGGCGUCCUCCCAUCACCAUUCGAGCACUCGGACAUCGUCACGACCACCACUCACAAAUCCCUACGAGGACCCCGUGGAGCUAUGAUCUUUUACCGCAAGGGUGUGCGGAAGGUCAACAAGAAGGGUGCAGAGAUUCUGUACGAUCUCGAAAGCCCCAUCAACUUCUCCGUCUUCCCCGGACACCAAGGCGGGCCACACAACCACACCAUCACGGGACUUGCUGUCGCCCUCAAACAUGCUCAACAGCCGGAGUUCAAGGAGUACCAAAACCAGGUGCUCAAGAACGCGAAGCAGUUUGAGAACAGCUUCCGGGAAUUGGGAUACGAUAUGGUCUCUGGAGGCACGGAUACUCAUUUGUUAUUGUUGGACUUGAGGAGCAAGAACAUCGACGGCGCCCGCGUCGAACGCGUCUUGGAACUCGCCAACAUCGCCUCCAACAAGAACACCGUCCCCGGCGACAAAUCCGCCCUCAUCCCCUUCGGACUCCGCAUCGGUUCACCAGCCAUGACCUCCCGCAACCUCACCGAGCCAGACUUUGCUGCCAUCGCGCAGUUCAUCCACCGGGGUGUGGAAAUCACUCGGAAGGUAGCGCAAUCGGUCAACAGCAAGAAGCUGGUGGACUUUAAGAAAGAGCUUGGGGAGGGCGAGAAGGUGCCGGAACUGCAGCAGUUGAAGAAGGAGGUUGUGGAGUUUGCGAAACGGUUCCCGACGGUGGGGUAUGAGUUGUGAGCCCAGCGGCGUCACUGGCUGUGGGUGAGAUGGGACGAGACGUCGUCCCCUUUUCGAAGCUAUCAUCAUAGAGUGUGAUUUAUAGCAUAGUUGUUGUGUUCCGACAAUGUUUUUUUCAUUAUUGAACCAUAGGAAAAGGACCUGAAUAGAUGUGAUAUGCGCUUCACGUGCCAUGCAAAUUAAAUCGCCC